CAGCUGACUACUUUUUUUUCUUAAAUAGUUGAUAGUAUUGUUUUAUUUGUGUAUGUCUAUAUCCCUGGUAGCUUAGACUGUUUACUUGAUGUGUACUGUCUUAUCAUUUGUUUGAUGAUAUAAAUUUUACAUCUAAAUUAUUCAAAAAAAAAAUUAACUUAUUCAAUACAAUCUGGGCAGUUAAUAGAUACAUUUAGAAAUAGUUACUUAUAGUCAGUUGUUUCAUACGUCGGGUGUGACAGAAGUAAUUUAGAAGAAAUUUAAGGGCCUCGAAAUAAAAAGAUGUUAUCAGUCCAUUAACUCAUUGACUGUUAGUUUGAGUCGUGAUUUUGAUCUGAAGAAUCUGUAAUGGCAAGGAAAUAUAUCAAUAACUAGUUUUUUUUUUUUUUCAGAAAACCAACUAAUGUUUUUCAUGAAGUAGGCUUUCGUAAUUUAUAUUUAUAAACUGAUGUAGGUUCAUCCAUAGUUUAACUACUGACUUCUUUUCCUCCAUAGAAAUAGUAGCAUAUUCAUGGAAAGCAGUUUCUGAAACUAUUUUUGUAGUUUGAUAUUGUUGAAGGAACCCAAUACAUGCAGUUAUGAUGUAUCGAAAACAACUAAAUCACAUAGAACAGGAUUUUGUCGAAUAACUAUUUUGAUUCUCCCGUUAUCGUACUGUAAGUAUCAAAUGUAAAAGAUACCUGGUAAAUAAUAGUUUUAUAUUUCUUUAGAUUUCAUAAUGUUUAACUUAGAUGAGAAAAAUUAACCUCUAUUCAUUACUGAUUAUUAUUAUUUGUACGUUAUAGUACAAUACUUAUGGUUACAUCAUUUAUUUCAACAUUGAAUAUAAAUACUGGUGUAGCACAACUUAGCGCCUGGCUUACUGGUCAAGCUAUUCAUGUACCUCCCGGUUGGAUUGAUGCUUGUGUAGCUUGGCUUGCUGAAGAGCAUGGAGGCAUUGAUGCAUGUAAUCAUCUUACAAAGUCUGAUUGGUGUCAAUUAAUCUAUGAGCAAUGGCUUCAUUCUGAUUUGAAGCAGUUAGCAUGUCCAGUUCUACCGUCAACUAUAUCUACUUCAAGAAAUCCCCAUGACAAUUCGCUUAGCAGUGAUACUGAUGCAAAUACCAUGAAUUCACCUGCACUUAAGCUGGAUGGCGAACUUUGUCUUCAAGUUGUCAAUUUAUUCAACAUAGGUGAAUCAUACUAUGGUCAACUGAGACGACAUGAGGGUAAUUUGAGCGUGAAUCUACCUUCAUUAGAAGUAGACGGUGAAAAUAAUCCAGAUGGACAUACUACACAAAUGACACAAGCUUUUAGUCAAUAUAUUAAUCAAAGUCCAACUCAAACAAACAAUUUUAGACAGUCAACGAUAGCCAAUUGUCUCACUCUAUUUCUUACUGAUGGAGUAAAUGAAAUUAAAGUUAUUGAAUUUGGCACCCAAUCCACAAGAUCACGAUCUUCUUUACCUUUUAAAGAAUUAUCAAAAAAACUUCGACCUGGAGUAAAAAUUCGUCUACGUGGACCAUUACUUUUACGCAAUAACGUUUUACUUGUUCCUCCCGGUGCUUUACAUUCACUAUCAAGCCAUCAGUUGGAAGUUUUAGGCGGUGAGGUUGAUGAACUCUUAGAAAACUAUGAAGAAAAUACCAUAUAUGAGGUUGGUAAACUAUUGGCUAAUAAACUAAAUAUACCAUUAACUGAAAAUAACAGCUUACCUUCUUGGUUUCCUCGUGUAUCAUCUAGACAGUUACGCAGCCCAGCUGAUGAUAAUCAGUUACCGAAUAUAGAAGUGCCUAAUGAGCAGUCUAAUUAUGUACCAGAAGUUCAACAAAACCGUGAUAAUAACAUUACUAACAGUGGGAAUGGCAGAGAUCCACUAAAUUCUGUUCGUUGCCCAUUGAGUACGGUUUCUACUGGUGAUAGGGGUGUCGUCGGUGGCAGUGGUAGCGUUUCUCCAGAAUUAUGGGAUGAUGAAAUAUUCGAUGAUGCAAUAUUAAGUCAUGCGGCUCAAUCUAUGGAGAAACAGUUAGAUUGUAAUAGAAGUGGUGUAUCGAUUUCACGAAGUUCUCUCCACUCGUUCAAUGAUCCACUUCGUUUACCAGCAAGUGUUAUAUCUGAUGAACGAGAGCGGUUGUCAAAUGAAUCUAAAUCUAGUUGUCUUCAACGUACUCAUGCUGUUGUUGGUGAGAGCGAAAAUAAUGUUUCUAUUGAUAGCGAUGAUCCGUUUUUAGAAGAUCAAGUCGAUCCAGAUAUAUUGGCUUCUGCUCUAGCUGAAAUAGACGAACAACAAUCAAUGAAUUCUACAAAUUUUCCAAAAACUAAUCAGUUAAAAGGAAAUGAGAUACCAAUUUUUCAAUCCAAUAAAAAAGUAUCUGAAACAACUGCAACUUCGUCAACAUUAUCAUCGACUUUAAUGACAAAAAGUUGUACAAUAAGUCAACCAAUAAAAUCAGGAAUAGAAUCAAAACAAAGUUUGAAACAAACUUUAUUAAAGCUACAAUCACGCAGUCGAUUAGUGAAUAAACUGAAUGAUAAUCCAUCACUCCUUUCUUCUUCUUCUAAACCACAACCGAGCGAACCAUUCUCACCAGAACCAGUAAAAUCAGAUGUCAUAAAAGUACAAACUAACAUCAACAACAGUGAAGAACUUCUGCCACCAGUGCCUAAACGUAAAACAUUGGAAUUCAAACAAACAAACAGUACUAUUGCAAGUAAUAGUAAAUCUAAAAAUAUACUACAGUUUGCAUCUUCAUCCAACCAUCAAGUUGUUUCCACGAUUACAGAAGAUAAUCAUGAUAAACACAUGGUCAGUAGUCGACAACUGUCAUCCAGUUCAUUGGAAAUUGAUUAUCACUUUUAUCCAUUUUGUUAUAUUCAAGAUAUAUAUGACAAACUACUUAAAACAAAAGAUAGUAGUAAUAGUUCAGCUUCCAUAAAUUCUGUUUACACAAUUCGUGGUUUACUUAUUAGUCUAUUGUCAUCAUUGGAACAUCAUAAUGGUACUAAAUGGACACUAUCUGUGCGAAUUACAGAUGGUAGUGCAAUUCUUGAUCUAGAUGUCGCUUCGGACUUACUAACUGAAUGGAUUGGUUUAACUCCUAGUGAAAGUGAAUCAUUAAGACGAUUGAGUAAAAGUGACUCGGAUUCUUCGAAUCCACUUGCAGUUCAAGAGGCACAAAAACAUCGUCAACGUUUACGUACAGCAUUAACAAAUUUCCAAAUAUUUCUAUCACAUUUAGGCGGUUUAUUCAAUAUUACAAUUCAAACAUGCAAUGAUAAUGUUGUAAAAUGUGAAAAGAAUACACCAAACAAUGCUACUACUAUUAUCGAUCAGUCAUCUUUAUCAUCAUCGAUACGUCCCAUUUUAAUAGGUUAUAAAGAAAUAGAUCAAUGUUGGUUGAAAGAAUUACAAAGUAGAAUUAAUGUUCGUUAUGCAGAGAAAAGUUUGUUCUAAAAGAUGAAGGAGAUAAAACACAGAUGAAUAAAUGAAUUUUCAUGUUUUUGUUAAUUUUGUAAAUAAAUUAAUAUAUUUGUGCAUAGUUUUAUGUGUAUUACAAUUUAUGUUUGAACAGUAUUAUUUUAUUACAUUCCAGAGAAAAUGUAAAAUUAUAUGCAAAUAUUUACUAUUACGAUGACAAAAUAUGCUGUCUCCUUUUGUUUUCUAAUUGCUUCUUGUGGUAAAUGUUGGGUCAUUAUUAUAUUUGUG